AUGUACUUAAGUGGAGAUGAACUCCAGAACGCUAAGAAUAUUCCGUUCAAAAUCACGAAUAUUAUCACCGAAUUUCUCGACUUCUUGGCCGCCGAAGAGCUGGUCUUGUCGUUGCUGUCAAUGUCUUCGUAUGUGUCCCGCGGGGGGUAUUUUGAUUUGACUGCGCCGGUCGACAACCGUAAGCACCGUAGCGUUGAUAUCGUCGGCGGCGAUGUGUCCGGUGAGGAAUGGCUUAUCGAUGAGCGGACCGAUGAUAAUGCCUAUACCGUAGGCGAAGCCAGACAUUUGGAGUAUAGGUCCGCACUGUUGUUGCCACAUCUCGAUGAGCCACACGUUGUUACCGAUGUCAGUCACGCCGGCGCCGAAGAAGCUGAUCCACACCAACAGAUACAGCUGCCAGAGUUGGCUCGAAAAAAGCUAACUGUGGCGGGAGAGAAACCAAACAUGUGGCCGCUAUUCAUGAUGAUCGCCAUUAGCGAUAUGUUAUUCAUGGAUGUGUUCAUUAUGUAUUUAAAGUCGACAAAUGUUGGUCCGAUCACAGCCAAUGAGAUACCCUUUGUAUUAAGGUUGUGUGAACAUGAGAUUUUCAUCGAUAUCAUUGAGGAUCUCGUGAUUUCGCAACUGAUAAACACAUUCAUCAAAAUUGCCCGAAGAGCUCCGCCGUCGACAGGCAUUAGAAGUCCGGUAAUGAAUGAGGCGGUGAUCGGAGAGCACAGGAACGCCACGGCUUCGGCCACGUCCUCGGCUUCACCCAUACGUCUCAAUGGAUAG